GACUCCGGUCCGGACGUGACGACGUUCAUACGUAACCGAGCAAAGAUGGCAGACAGCAUCCCUUUGAAUCCUGUACGGAAGAAUUCGAGAAAAACUGCGUAUUAUAAUGCUGGCAGACCUGCCAGGUAUCAGAUUGAAGACGAAUCCUCGAGUCUUGAUGAGAUGCCUUUAAUGAUGUCAGAGGAAGCUUUUGAAAAUGACGAAAGUGACUAUCAGACUCUGCCCAGAGCCAGAGUGAGCCAGAGACGCAGAGGACUGGGCUGGUUCCUCUGUGGUGGAUGGAAGGUCCUGUGCACCAGCUGUUGCGAAUGUCUGGUUCACACAUGUCGCAGGAAGAAGGAGCUGAAAGCUCGGACAGUGUGGCUGGGACAUCCCGAGAAAUGUGAAGAGAAGUACCCCAAAAAUGCCAUCAAGAAUCAGAAAUACAACAUUGUCACUUUUGUGCCAGGGGUUCUUUACCAGCAGUUUAAGUUCUUCCUCAACUUGUAUUUUCUGGUAGUGGCUUGUUCUCAGUUUGUUCCAUCGCUGAAGAUAGGAUAUUUGUACACCUACUGGGCCCCGCUGGGCUUUGUGCUAGCUGUCACCAUGGUGAGAGAAGCAGUUGACGGAGUUCGGCGCUGCAGGAGAGAUAAAGAGAUGAAUUCCCAGCUGUACAGUAAACUCACAAUGAGAGGGAAGGUCCAAGUAAAGAGCUCAGACAUACAGGUUGGAGAUUUAAUCAUUGUGGAGAAGAAUCAGAGAAUUCCUGCUGAUAUGAUUUUUCUGAGAACAUCAGAAAAGACUGGUUCGUGUUUUAUUAGAACAGAUCAGCUGGAUGGAGAGACGGACUGGAAGCUGCGAAUCGCUGUUGCCUGCACUCAAAGACUUCCUGCCUUAGGGGAUCUCUUCUCCGUCAGCGCGUACGUUUACGCCCAGAAGCCCCAGCUGGACAUUCACAGUUUUGAAGGGAACUUCACAAGGGAGGACUGUGACCCUCCCAUCCACGAGAGCUUGUGCAUCGAGAACACCCUGUGGGCCAGCACUGUGGUGGCAUCUGGUACUGUCAUAGGUGUGGUCAUAUAUACGGGAAAGAUGAGAAGCGUGAUGAACACAUCGCAGUCCAAAAACAAGGUGGGACUGUUGGACCUGGAGUUAAACCGCCUAACAAAAGCUCUGUUCCUGGCUCAGGUGAUUCUGUCUGUUGUUAUGGUGGCUUUGCAGGGAUUUCUUGGUCCCUGGUUCCGAAACCUGUUCCGCUUCGUGGUUUUAUUUUCAUACAUCAUCCCCAUCAGUCUAAGAGUGAACCUGGACAUGGGGAAGUCGGCGUAUGGCUGGAUGAUUAUGAAGGAUGAGAAUAUUCCAGGUACUGUGGUUCGGACAAGCACCAUCCCAGAAGAACUUGGCCGGCUGGUCUACCUGCUCACAGACAAGACAGGCACUCUGACCCAGAACGAAAUGGUCUUCAAGCGCCUCCAUCUCGGCACUGUGUCAUAUGGGACUGACACUAUGGAUGAGAUCCAGAGUCACAUCAUCCAGUCCUACGCUCAGGUGAGCUCGGCGCAGACGAAUGGCAAUAGUGCGAGUUCAACACCCUCUCGUAAACCACAACCGCCCGCACCGAAGGUCCGGAAGAGCGUGAGUAGCCGGAUCCACGAAGCCGUAAAAGCCAUCGCCCUCUGCCACAACGUUACACCGGUGUACGAAUCCCGCAUUAAUGGUGCCAGCGCCGAGCCAGAGAGCACAGAGGCCGACCAGGACUUCAGCGACGACAACCGCACGUACCAGGCCUCCAGUCCUGAUGAGGUGGCUCUGGUGCGCUGGACUGAGAGCGUGGGUUUGACUCUGGUCAACAGAGACCUGACGUCCCUCCAGCUGAAGACCCCUGCCGGACACAUCUUGACCUAUUACAUCCUCCAGAUCUUCCCCUUCACCUCGGAGAGCAAGCGCAUGGGCAUUAUUGUCAGGGAGGAGGCUACGGGCGACAUCACAUUUUACAUGAAAGGGGCUGAUGUUGCUAUGGCGAGCAUUGUACAGUACAAUGAUUGGCUGGAGGAGGAGUGUGGGAACAUGGCCAGAGAGGGACUGCGGACACUGGUGGUGGCUAAGAAAUCACUGACUGAAGAGCAAUACCAGGACUUUGAGAGUCGGUAUAAUCAGGCGAAGUUGAGUAUCCAUGAUCGCGCUCUGAAGGUGGCGGCGGUGGUGGAGAGUCUGGAGAGAGAGAUGGAGCUUCUGUGUCUCACUGGAGUAGAAGAUCAGCUACAGGCCGAUGUCCGGCCCACUCUAGAGCUCCUCCGCAAUGCAGGGAUCAAGAUCUGGAUGUUGACCGGAGACAAGCUGGAAACUGCGACGUGCAUCGCCAAAAGUUCCCACUUGGUUUCUAGAAAUCAAGACAUCCAUGUUUUCAAGCCGGUGUCCAACAGAGGUGAGGCUCAUCUGGAGCUGAACGCCUUCAGGAGAAAACACGACUGUGCACUGGUCAUCUCAGGAGACUCUCUAGAGGUCUGUCUGCGCUACUACGAGCAUGAAUUUGUGGAGCUGGCCUGUCAGUGCCCCGCUGUGGUUUGCUGUCGCUGCUCUCCCACGCAGAAAGCUCAGAUCGUUCGAUUGUUACAGCAGCAUACAGACAACAGAACAUGUGCCAUCGGCGAUGGAGGAAAUGAUGUCAGCAUGAUCCAAGCGGCAGACUGCGGUAUCGGUAUUGAAGGGAAGGAGGGAAAGCAGGCGUCUCUGGCAGCAGAUUUCUCUAUAACCCAGUUCAAACACAUUGGCAGACUGCUGAUGGUUCACGGCCGCAACAGCUACAAACGCUCAGCAGCUCUGGGCCAGUUUGUCAUGCAUCGUGGCAUGAUCAUCUCCACCAUGCAGGCUGUUUUUUCUUCUAUUUUCUACUUUGCGUCUGUUCCUCUGUACCAAGGUUUCCUUAUGGUGGGUUAUGCCACAAUCUACACCAUGUUCCCUGUCUUUUCUCUGGUGUUGGACCAGGAUGUAAAGCCUGAGAUGGCUCUGCUUUAUCCUGAACUCUAUAAAGACCUCACAAAGGGUCGUUCCCUGUCCUUUAAGACCUUCCUGAUUUGGGUUUUGAUAAGUGUAUAUCAAGGGGGCAUCCUGAUGUACGGGGCCCUGGUGCUGUUUGAUCAGGAGUUUGUGCAUGUGGUGGCAAUCUCCUUCACAGCUCUGAUCCUGACGGAGCUGCUGAUGGUUGCACUGACGGUCCGCACCUGGCACUGGCUCAUGGUCGUAGCUGAACUUAUUAGUCUUGGCUGCUACCUCGCUUCCCUCGCCUUCCUAAACGAAUACUUCGGCAUAGGUCGCGUGACCUUAGGAGCUUUCCUGGAUCUUUCGUUUAUCACCACACGAGUGUUCUUGUGGAAGGUGUGCGUCAUCACGCUGGUCAGCUGUUUGCCGCUCUACAUCAUCAAAUAUCUGAAGAGGAAAUUCUCCCCGACGAGUUACUCCAAACUCUCCUCCUAAACUUUCCAUAUGGUCACAUGUUAUCAAAAGGCAUGCCGAUGCGUUUAUAAGCACACGUGACUGCUGCAUCAAACACUUUGAAACUCUUCUAAUCCUUUUAUUUUAAUUCUGGAGGUUGGUUCGCCCAAAAAUGAAAAAGCUAUCAUUUACUCACCAUCAUGUUGUUCUCAACCUUUAUGGCUUAGUCUUUUUUGGGAUACACGAAAGGAGAAGUUAGGCAGGAUGUUCAUGCUGCUCAUCUUAACAUCUGCUUUUAUGUUGAUCUUGAAGGAAAAUCCUGUAUGUUUGGAAUGACUCAAGGGUGAGUAAUUAAUGACCAAACAAUCAUUUUUGGGUAAAACCAUCCCAAUCUACAAAGUGCUUUAUGAUGCUGUUUAUGUGUGCUUCCUGAAUGCUUUUUCAGUGACAAAAUGGGAUUUGUGUGUGUGUGUCUGCAUGUGUGUAUAUAUAUAUAUAUAUAUAUAUAUAUAUAUAUAUAUAUAUACACACACGCACACAAUAUGAAUGUUUCUGUGCUCAUCAUGUUUCUGCACUUAAAGAUAAUAGUGGGACAGAAGCACAAAAUGGUGAGUAGUAUUGAGUAGGCCUACUUGAAGUGCACAAAAAAGAUAGAAAGAGAAAUAACUGGAAACCAAAGGGUCACUCACACUUGAAUGAUGGACCCAAUCCUGUCACUUUUUACUUACCGUAAAUGUAUAUGAAGAAGAAGAAAAAAAUCAGCAUUACGUGUUUUUUUUAUCAAAUAUGAUAGCUUUUUAUUGUUUUUUUAUUUGUGAUAUGCAAUGAUGUAAAUAAUCUGAUGACAACGUUUGAACUAUGUGAACCUUUCAUCAUUAGUAUUAUCACACCCAUCAGCACUUUCCCUUCUGGCACAUUCUGUUUUAUUAAUGAGUGGGCGGGGCUUGAUAAAUACCUGCGGUUGUGAUUGGAGUGUUCUGAUUGCAUGAGUGUAUACUGAAGCUGAAUUCGGACAGCUCUGGUUUCUUGUUGUGCUGUGGCUGCCGCUGCCAUACGAUCCUGCUGCAAAACUGUGUAAAUGUAAACCAGAGCACAGCUUGUGUUAUUACAGCGGGCACUAUUUGUUCUGGGAACAACGGUCCUCUCAACCUGACAUUCUAAAUGACAUUGUAUACGACUUUUGACAUUUGACAAAUCAAACUUGAUUGAUGCAUGAUUUUUUUAUUAAAUCACUUAUUACGCGACGCCAUCGAAACAAGACAUGAAUGUAGUAUUUUCUGUUGGAUUGGUGUUAUCAAUGAAUGAAUUUAAGGUCGUAAAAACCGAAAACAAAAUACUUGGGUGUUCUAGCUGCUUAGAAAUACACUGGCAUAUAUGCUUUUCUGAAAUCAAAUGCUAUGGCACUCGCUCAUCAGCAGUUAUGUUUUUAUAGACAAUGGCGCUUCACAAUCAGCAGUUUAUUUUGGAGGGGUUUUUUUAAAGGACAUUCAGAGGAAAUGCUGCACUAGUUUUGUCCCUUCAUGACUGUGCUGACGGUGUGAAGUUUGCUCAAUAACGUGUAAGAUCAUCUUGCCUUAUCUUUAUAGACCAAGUCAGCUGGAAUGAGUUUUAUCAUUCACUUUAUUUUCUAUAUCGAAAGUGUGUGUUUACAAUACUGAAUGAGACGAUGCCAAGCACACGUGUGCCGCACGCCUUCCCUUUCUGGUGGAUUUCCUUUCUGCUUUGAAGACGUUGAGUUGUACUGUACUCAGGAAAACCACUAUCUUCUUUGUUCUACUGUAUAUAAACCGUCAGUUAACCCUGUGACAGGCCUAACAACGAUAGCUUAUUUUAAUUUGUUUGAGUGUUUUGCUUUUGUUUUUCUGGCAUUUUUCUGUCGACUGAGAAAUGUGAUGUUUUUUUUGUUGUUGUUGUUACUGCUACUGCAGCCGCUGCUUCCGUUAGCGUAUUUUCUCAAUGUCAUUAGCACAGUGGUUUCAGCGGUAUAAUUUAACAAUUUUAAUGAUAUCGAUGUCUGAUUAAAGAGCAAUAUGUUUCCAA